GUUCCUUGUCUGCAAUGGUCGGACUGCUCCAACUGAGCUUCUGCAUCCAAGAGCUUAGAUUGAGACAACAUCACGAAUAUGGAUCAUCACCAUGCGGAGCGUGAAGUACUAUGAUUUUUUUGGGACGGAACACAAACCAUUCGCGAAGACGCGCGGUGAGGAAAAUGCUAGGAGCCGGUGUGAGGAUCACUAGCAGAACUCCAUAUAUUCCACUGCGUUUUGUGGCACGGUAUUUCUCUUCCUCUGGCCAGUACAGCUACAGUGUCCGUUUUUCCGGUCCUCCCGAUGACGAGCACCAAUCCCCUGAGCAAAAGCGUAUUCGUGCUGAAAUUUUGGCUACAAGGCCAAGCACCGGUCUCAAUGGACCCUUCGGACCCUGGCUAGCAGCACCUCAGAUAGCCGAUGCGGCUCAGAAACUCGGCAAAGCAUGCCGAUUCGACACGAGCUUGCCUCUUCGCGAGUCCGAGUUACUCAUUCUCUUUGUCGCGGCUUCAACCGGAAGUUUCCUAGAAUGGCAAGUUCACGAGCCAGAAGCUCGUAGAGCCGGAGUGCCGGAAGAGGUCAUAGAGGCUUUGAAGGACAUGAGAAAAAUGAAGGAGAUUGAACAAGUAGUCACAUCGGAAAGUGCUAGUUCUUCUUCUUCUUCCUCGUCGUCCACGUCAAGCACAAGUAGCAAACCAGAGAGCCUGAAAAAACCCUGGUGGCAACCAAGAACGCUGGAAGAUAUCAAUUCUUCGAAUGCCAGUAGUCACGAAGCCACCUCCGCAUCCUCGACGAACAAGGGAGGAGGGGCUUUGAGACCGGGCCUACCGAUCGAGCGAGCAGCCGUUGGUGGGCCGUUUCCUGCGGACGACGAGUCGCAAUAUGAUAAAGCUGAAGAUAGAGACGAAGUGCAGGAACAAGAAGUGUCGAAAGGCUCUGAUACAGCACCAUCCCCUAGUGUUGAGAAAGAUUCAUCGACCACUACAUCUUCAUCAUCAACUACCUCCUUGGCUGAGUACAGCAGGAUGCGUGUGGGCAUGUUUGCACAGGCUAUAGCAAUGUCUGAUUUGUUAGAGCUGGGAAAAAAGAAAGAUGCGCAUGCGGUAGGACAGGAGUUCUUGUUGACUGAAAGGGAGCGUUUAUUACUCCGCGUCGCGUAUCAACUACUCUCUACGCACAAUUUGUCAGAGGAGUUGUAUGGCGAAGCACUUGAGACGCUCGAGGGGGAAAAGACUCUUGUUGAAGUUGUUUCAAUUGUAGGCUACUACCAUUAUGUAGCACUGACAUUGAAUGUGUUUCGGCCGCCUAUUAAGUAAUGACUAGACACCAGCUCCUACUACAUGCAUGACAUUUUCGUUUCAUCCAGUUUUUUUAGAGAUUGAUAC